CCCAGUAACAGAGAUAACCCAGAGAGAUGUCCCCGUCCUCUGUAUUCCCAGGAUUGUACAGAGGAGAGUCACAGGACCCCACAGGAGGAUCAGAUAGAACGUCUGUCUGAUAUUAAAACAGAAGAUAUAGAGGGAGAAGAAGAGACGUAUGUGACUGAUAUAAAGGCAGAAGAUAUAGAGGGAGAAGAAGAGACGUAUGUGAUUGAUAUAAAGGCAGAAGAUAUAGAGGGAGAAGAAGCGACGUAUGUGACUGAUAUAAAGGCAGAAGAUAUAGAGGAAGAAGAAGAGACGUAUGUGACUGAUAUAAAGGCAGAAGAUAUAGAGGGAGAAGAAGAGACGUAUGUGACUGAUAUAAAGGCAGAAGAUAUAGAGGAAGAAGAAGAGACGUAUGUGACUGAUAUGAAGGCAGAAGAUACAGAGGGAGAAGAAGAGACGUUUGUGACUGAUAUGAAGGCAGAAGAUACAGAGGGAGAAGAAGAGACGUAUGUGACUGUUAUAAAGGCAGAAGAUAUAGAGGGAGAAGAAGAGACGUAUGUGACUGAUAUAAAGGCAGAAGAUACAGAGGGAGAAGAAGAGACAUAUGUGACUGAUAUAAAGGCAGAAGAUAUAGAGGGAGAAGAAGAGACGUAUGUGACUGCUAUGAAGGCAGAAGAUCUAGAGGGAGAAGAUGAGACGUAUGUGAGGGGUAAUCAGCAGUGUGAGGAGGAGAUCCCUACAGAUAUCAGCACAGCAGAUGGACACACAAGCAGGAAUAUCUCAGAAGGACAUCUAAUGUUAUCCCCGGAUUGUGACAUAAAAGAUAAUGACAGUAUACAGGAUUCUCCAGGAGAUAACCCCAUUACCCCAAUUAUACAUCCAGCUCUAUCAGCUGAUCCCUCUGAUCCUGGGAAAUGUUCUCCUGAUCACUCUGAUAUUGGUGCAUCUGUUACAGCUCUGACAGUAGAUACAGUGUUUCUCUGUUUUAUAGAUGCCAAAUGUUUUACACAGAACACAAAGCUUAUUACCCAUCAGACAGGUAGGGCAGGGGAGAGGCCAUUUCCAUGUUCUGAGUGUGGAAAAUGUUUUACCUGGAAAUCACAACUUGUUGCACAUCAGCGAAGUCACACAGGUGAGAAGUCAUUUCCAUGUCCUGAGUGUGGGAAAUGUUUUGCCCACAAAUCAGGUCUUGUUAUACAUUACAGAAGUCACACAGGUGAGAAGCCAUUUUCUUGCUCUAAGUGCGAGAAAUGUUUUAUCCAGAAAUCAAAACUUGUUACACAUCAAAGAAGUCACACAGGUGAGAAGCCAUUUCCAUGUUCUGAGUGUGGGAAAUGUUUUGCACGCAAAUCAGAUCUUGUUAUGCAUCACAGAAGUCACACAGGUGAGAAGCCAUUUUCUUGCUCUGAGUGCGGGAAAUGUUUUAUCCGGAAAUCACAACUUGUUAUACAUCAGAGAAGUCACACAGGUGAGAGGCCAUUUCCAUGUUCUGAGUGUGGGAAAUAUUUUGCACACAAAUCAGAUCUUGUUAUACAUAAGAGAAGUCACACAGGUGAGAAGCCAUUUUCUUGCUCUGAAUGCGGGAAAUGUUUUGCACAGAAAUCACAACUUGCUAGACAUCACAGAAGUCACACAGGUGAGAGGCCAUUUUCUUGCUCUGAGUGCGGGAAAACCUUUGCCCACAAAUCACAUCUUGUUACACAUCAGCGAAGUCACACAAGUGAGAAGCCACUUCCAUGGUCUGAGAAAUAAAUCCGCUCUUGUUGCACGCAAUGGACAUCACUCAGGUGAGGAACCAUUUUAGUCUUCUGGAGUAUACUAAUUGCCAUGCAUUGUUCUUUAAGGUUCUUAUCCUAUCUCCAAUGCUUUUUGCAAUAUACAUGCUACCACUGGGUGAAAUAAUCAGAUGUCAUGCCCUCAUCUACUACUGCUAUGCAGAUGACCUGUCUCUUGCUUCGGGUACUGAGAACCCAGUACCAAUCCUAAAUGGUUGUGUAGCUGAGAUCCAGGUGUGGGUGAUGCCAGUUGGCUGUGACUGAGUCCUGGUGAAACAGGUCCAUAUGGUAGAAGCUCACCAACAAAGGGCAGGGCUACAGCUCUGCUUUGUUACCAACCAGACUUAAGGUGGGUACACACUGAUAGAUAUAUCUGUAGAUCAAUUGAUCUGCAGAUAUAUCUAUGGACG